AUGUGUCAUUCAUGGUUAAUGAGACUCUUGUUAUGUUUCUCGAAAUCAGCACACAAUCGAACGAAAGAACAAGCAACUGCAACACCCCAAGUCAUUUUGACAAAUUUCGAUGAUAAACAUCAACCAUCACCAUUUCUCUAUCACAUGUUCUCACCACCUUUGAAACUAUCUAUGUUAAGAAGAAUUCAUUGUCGAAGACGAUUGCCAAGGUCGAAUAAUCAUCUUCACAGCAUAGUAUGUACAUCCGCGCUCAAUCAAUCUCAAAAUUGCACUAGAACUUCAUCUGAUCACCAUGGAUCAACAAUAACUCCUGCUAAACGAUCUUCAAGUUUGAUUAAUAUUGACUACAACAGUCAACGAUGCAUAACUACUAAAUUUAAAAACAUCGAUGCAUCAUCAUUAUCUGAUUAUUAUCGCAGAAAUGAUAAUGCUCGAUAUUUAUCCACGUGUAUUCGCAAACAUAACAGUGAUUCCAUACUUGAGCAUAUGCAUCAACCCAAAUCAACAUUUCUAUCCUCAUUCCACAUUUCACCAUAUAAUACUAAUUCAAGCAAAUACGAUUCUACUAUUGAUAUAUCUCCCUCUAUUAGUAGUACUAGCAUUCCACAAGAUAAAACGGCCGAUAAAACCUGGCGACUUAAAAUUCACGAUCAUCUAAAUAAAGACGGAAGUCGACAUUUUGUUGUGCAUAAAGGCAGUGAAGAAUCCGUUCGUCAACGUCGUGAAGAAAAACGUGCAAAACGUUCUGAAGAGAAAAAGCGAAAGAUUGAUGAAAAGAUCUCGCAAGCAAACCAACGUUGGCAAAAGUAUUCCAACAUCGAUUAUGAUCUUGUCUUCUUCAUUUCACGAUAUUAUGACCGAUUACCACUAUGUUCAACUUGUCGAAAUUAUUUCGUUACACAUCAAACACACAAUCUACUGGAUGACCCACGUGCCUCUCUUGACUAUGUAGCUGAUGAGGCGCUUCGUUUGUCAAGCAAUAAAAACCUAACGUUGAAACAAGCAGCGAAGUCCCGACUGAUUAAAGACUACGACAAACAAACAGAUUUGAUCUUUCAUCUUUGCGAUGAAUGCUUAUCAAAAUGUGAACAAAUACGAAAUGAAUUAAAACAAAUUAGUGCAGCCCGAAAAGCAUCACCCAACGUGAACAUAACACCAGCAAUCAAUUCGCCUUCGUUCUCUUCUUCGCCAGCUUCUGCAAAUAUCUUCACCUUCAACGAUCCUUUGUCGUCACCGUCUCCUUCGACGUCAACUUCCAACCAGCAACAACAAUAUCCCAGUACCAUGCCUACUUACUCUGAAUAUCAUCAAAUGAAACUAAAGCAACUCUAUGAAUAUAGUCAAAAUCUAAUUGUUGCUCGAGAGAAUCAGCAGUAUGUACACGGCGAUUUAGAAUUGUGUUUGAAACAGAUGCAAUACCAUUGCCUGGAAAUUUUACGAUCUCAAUAUCCUGGUUUGUCCCUAUCGUUUCCUUAUACACCAUCGUCGAAAUUACCUGACUUAACCUAUCGACACGACGAAAUCGCCGCUGAAAGUGAUUCAAGUGAUGACGAUGAUGACGACGACGACGAAAGUACAUCCGAGGAAGAAGAUAGUCGUGAAUGCGAAUGUGAAAGUGUUGAAAAAGAAGACUCGAGAGAUGACCGUGUGAGAAUCCAAACCUGUCAUGGUCUUGUUGAAUAUUGCAAUGCUCCGUUGGAUGAUUUUAUUCGAGGCCUGGAAGUUCUCAAAUGUCUCAGUAAUUUCAAUCGAUAUCCUGUUUAA